UGUUUAUGAGCUUCUUGGAGUAUUUGCCUGGACACUGUACCUUCCACGUUUAAUCCUUCAUUUUUGAAAAGCUGUUCGUUUCAAGGUAACUUGACGCAAGAUCUACAUCAUUAUUAGAAGUCUAGUUAAAAUGGCACAAGAGAACAGAAGUGUUCUACAAACCCUUGCAUUUGGUCUUCUUUGUUGCAUCGUUUUGGCCAGAAGUGACCUAUUCAAGUCUGUUGUUGUUGAAGUUGGAUUUCAUCAAUAUGCAGAGUUUGUAGAUCCGACAACAACCUUAAAGAUGCCUUUUAAUGCACUUGUUAAUCUGGGAUAUAUAGCUGUUGGCAUCAGGUGGUUAAAUUUUCCUCAAAGGAAAAAACUAUCUCCUGAAAUGAUACACUAUUUUGAAAUGUUUGCAACAAUGUCCAUUUUUUAUGGACCUGUACAAUUCUUACGCAUUAUUAGUCAGAAUCGUUUGUUUGCAAUUUUGGACCAGUGGCUAACACUACCCAUAUUUAUGUGGGCGUCUCUGUUUGGCCUUUUUUGCCUCAGCAGAAAGCCGCACUCUACAAGUGAAAACCUUCUUCUCUUGAUGUCACUCAGCAGCUAUGGGCUUGUUUUCCUUAGCAAAGUUGGAUUUGAAAUCGCUCUUGGUAUUCACAUCAUUUUUGCAGUUUUGGUUGGUGUCACAUGUCAGUGGAAGAUUGGGACCAAACAGAGCUUACAGUAUAUGAUCAUUGCAAUUCUAUGUUGUCUUGGUUUUGUUGUUUUAAAGAUUUAUGACUUGGAACUGGGCAAGAAACAUUGGGUUUUUAAACGUGUAUCUGGUCAUUUCCUUUCAAAAGUUUGUGACAUUUUCCAAAUUGAUAUGGUGGCAAGAUUCUUUAUGGAGCUUCUUCUGAAUAAAUCUAAAAGAAUGUAGCUACACCACUACACCAGUAUUGGGAUCUUAUUGUCUGUCUUGAAAUGAGACAGAACUGACUGUGUAUUGAAAAUACAAAAUUAUGUACAUAUAAUAAGUGUAUUAUCAAUUUAAAAAAAUAUUGCUAAAACUGCAUGUUGUGUCAUU